UAAGUUACUAUGUUUGUCAGUGUUGCUAAUAGGUAGUUCUGAAAAGCUCUAAAAUAUUCACUCAUAUGAUUGAACUGCUCCUAUGCAGGUUCUUAGUAACCCUGAGAAAACACCUCUUCACACCUUCCUCUGUAACUAUGACUUGACUGAUAUGCCAGCUGGUACAAAGACGUUCUUGCGCCAAAAGGUUACUCUGGGAUCAUCAAAUCCAACUAGUGAAGCAACAGAGGAGAACGCUAGAAAAGCCAAAAGCUUGGUAAAUGAAAACUCUAGAUAUAGGGACAAAAAGAGUUGUGAAGGAUCUGAUUUAGUAGAUGCAGUGGAAGGAGAUGGGAAAUUUGAUGAGUUACAUGAAAGUGAAAAAAGCUGUAUAAAGUUGUCCAAAGAAUGUAAUGGUGGUUCUGGUGCUCUACGCUACGCUCUUCAUCUGAGAUUUCUUUGCCCAUUACCAAAGAAAGCUUCAAAGAAAUCUGAUGAAACCGAAACUACAGGACAAAAUAAAAACUUGGAUUCAGAUGGGAAGAGGAGAUUCUAUCUGUACAAUGAUUUGAGAGUUGUGUUUCCUCAACGCCACACAGAUUCUGAUGAAGGAAAGGUACGUACGAGAUUUGUGUUUUUGA